AUGAAGAGGAAUGUUGACUGUGGUUUCACGGGCUCGGUAAUUCCGUACGGCCGAUUCCCAGCCUGGCGUGCUUCCUCAAAAGGAAUCGAACACGAUGAAUCAUCACUUGAAGGCGGUGAGACGGAAGACGACGAAGACGAUAUCGACUCAGAGGUCGACGAUUUCAAUAACCUCGACAUUCUCGACGCAAAUCCUCCCAAUGGCCGUUGA